CUGUGUUUGGGAGGGCAAGAGAAAAACGUAGAGAGCAAAUGCAGAUUUCAUAGCAACACAGACAGUCACAGUCGCUUCACCCGGGAUUUGUGGCGUUUGUUUUCGACUUUUAAAGCACCUAUCUUGGAUUAUCAACGUUGUUGGUAUCGUUUUGAAGCAUCUUGAAGGUGGCCUUUCGCACCUGGAGCAUCACAUCUCUGAAUAGGCGAGAAGACCAGAUACAGAGUGAAAAGUGGGUUUUCUUCGACCUCACCAAGAGCUGUUUUUCUCACUCUCCUUCACAAUCUCUCAGCCCAUCUGCUGGAGCACUUGUGCCAAGGUUGUUUCAUAAGCAGAAAUUCAUCUCUUGUCCGCAUUACUUUGAGUCACUUUUUCCUCAAGAUAACGGCUGGCAUCCUUCGCUUUUUGGCGAUUUUUUAUUUGAAAAUCUGCACUUUUUAAAAGCCCUCAACGAAGGGCUCACAGCCCAAUACCCUUUGACUUUGCAGGAGAAGCAAUGAACUCUCUCCUCAGUUCUUUAAACUACCAACCAAUAACCAUGAUUCACGCGUGUAUUCAUAGUAGUCCCACUUAAAUUAGAGUUCUUCCUGUUUUCACCUCGGCUGACAUCUUAAUAAAGCUGUUCCAGCCUCAUCCAACUCUAGUAUGAGUUAUGACAACCCUAAAUCAAUGCCCAGCAUCAGUGCUCGGGGGCGGGCGGCGAGGGCCGACGAGAAAGACCAUGACCAGGAAGCAGAGUCGGGGUUAAACACCAGCGGCGGUAAGCCCGGUGCCAAUGUCGCCGCUCAGGAGCAGGCCAGUGGAAAUGGAGGCGGCUCCGUCGGCAGCUCGUCUCCCAGCGUGGGGUCGGGAUCCCGAGACCGAAGGGAGCCCAACUCCGACGACAUGGACGGACUCUCCAGCGGAAACGACUCCGGGGAGAGGGAGAGCGAAGGCGGGAUGGAGAGAGACAACGGGUCACGCGGGCGCCAGUCCGUGCGCAGCUCCCACAACUCGUCAAACGGCAAGGACUCCGGCAUGAUGCUGGGACACACGGAGAGCAACAAGAGCUCCAACUCCCAGAGUCUCUCACCCCCCAGCAGCUCGCUGGCCUACAGCCUGCUGUCCACCAGCUCGGAGCACGGCCACCCCUCUACCUCCGGCUGCAGCAGCAACCAAUCGGCGAGGGUCCAGACCCAGAAAGAUCUGAUGAAGGCAAUCAAGGAGCUGAAGGUCCGCCUGCCGACUGAGCGCAAGGCCAAGGGCCACACCAGCACACUAAACGCGCUGAAAUACGCGCUGCAGUGUGUCAAACAAGUCCGAGCCAACAAGGAGUACUAUCACCAGUGGAGCGUAGAGGAGUGUCACGACUGCAGUCUGGACUUGUCUGCCUUCACUAUUGAGGAGCUUGACAACAUCACCUCAGAAUACACCCUCAAAAACACCGACACUUUCACCAUGGGCGUGUCAUUUUUGUCAGGGAAGGUCGUGUACGUCUCACCCCAGGGCUCGUCCCUGCUGCGCUGUAAGCCGGAGCGUCUCCAGGGGACGAUGUUUUCUGAACUUUUGGCCCCGCAGGACGUCAGCACUUUCUACAGCGGCACAGCACCCUGCCGCCUGCCCAACUGGGCCUCCUGCAUCGGAUCUGCGUCUCCUCAAGUCGAUUGCACUCAGGAGAAGUCCAUGUUCUGUCGAAUCAGCGCCGACCAGGCGCAGGGAGGCGAGAUGCGCUACUUCCCGUUUCGCCUCACACCCUACCAGCUCACCAUCAGAGAUUCGGAUGACGCUGAGCCACAGCCCUGCUGCUUGCUCAUCGCAGAGAAGGUCCACUCUGGAUAUGAAGCUCCUCGUAUCCCUGCAGACAAGAGGAUCUUCACCACCAGUCACACUCCCAGCUGCCUCUUCCAGGAAGUUGAUGAGAGGGCAGUGCCGUUGUUGGGCUACCUGCCUCAGGACUUGGUGGGAACCUCCGCCCUCCUCUACAUCCACCCCGAGGACCGGCCCUUAAUGGUGGCUAUACAUGAGAAGAUCUUUCAGUUUGCAGGGCAGCCGUUUGACUAUACGCCCCUGAGGAUGUGUGCCCGCAACGGGGAAUAUCUGACCAUCGACACCAGCUGGUCUUCCUUUGUCAACCCCUGGAGCCGGAAGGUGGCAUUCAUCGUAGGGCGCCACAAAGUCAGAACGAGCCCUCUGAAUGAAGACGUGUUCACGACACCCCUGGGAUGCGAGACCCGGGCCACCACGCCGGACGUCGUCCAGCUGAGCGAGAAGAUCCACCGGCUCCUUGUGCAGCCGGUGCACAGCGGCAGCUCUCAGGGCUACAGCUCGCUCGGGUCCAGCGGCUCACGAGGCUCCCGGCAUUCACACCAACCGCACCACGCCAGCGCCUCGGCCACCUCGUCCAGCGACAGCAACGGCCCCGCCAUGGACAAAGCUGCCGUCGCGGUCGCUCUGCACAAACCUAUGACAUUCCAGCAGAUCUGUAAAGAUGUCCACAUGGUCAAGACUAGUGGACAGCAGGUUUUCAUCGAGUCCCGUAACCGACCGCUGCCAAGAAAAAACGCCAGCGCAGGCGCAGCGAGCCUCAGAGCAAUCAGCGCUGACCCAAUCCGAGGUUUGAUAGCCGAUAUGACAAAACCACCCAAAGCUCUGAUCCCUGCUCCGCUUGUACCCAAGGAGUCCCCCGCUGGCUACUCCUACCAGCAGAUCAACUGUCUGGACAGCAUCAUAAGGUACCUGGACAGCUGUAACAUUCCUAGCACAGUUAAAAGGAAGUGUGGCUCCUACACUUCCACGUCUGAUGACGACAAGGAAGCCGGCAACAAAACAGCAGGUGGUUCAGUUAACCUCGUAAGUGAACCACCUUCUCUGCCUCCCCUGACCAUGGCCACAAAGGCAGAGAGUGUAGCCUCAGUCACGUCGCAGUGUAGCUUCAGCAGCACCAUCGUGCAUGUGGGAGACAAGAAGCCUCCUGAGUCAGACAUCAUCAUGGAGGAGGCUCCAACACCAACUCUUCCAGCCAGCGGUCGAACACCUCCUCCCGCUAACGCGGCAAUGACCGUUCUUCCUCUCCCUUCGCCGCCUCCUCCCCCUCAGGCCACUCUGCCACAGAGGGAGAGCCGGAGAAAUGGAAGUGUGGGAGGAGGCCGCAUGGGUCUCACAAAGGAGGUGCUGUCUGCACACACCCAGCAGGAGGAGCAGGCGUUCCUUGACCAGUUCAAGGACCUCAGCAAGCUGCGUGUUUUCGAUCAGGCGGCGUCUUCAGCUCUGCGCUGUCAGAACCCAGCUGCUAACCCUCUAUCACGAGGAGCGCGUUGUUCUCGGGAUUACCCAGCCGCUGGAAGCAGCACCAGUCGCAGACGCGGUCGCGGCGGUAAGAGGCUCAAGCACCAGGAGUCGUCUGACCAGCACAGUUCUCUGGCCCUGAGCGGAAGCCGGUGCGACCCCAGAACCAGCGCCGCACCCAUUCCCAUGAACAUGCCCAUGAACAUGCCCCUGAACAUGUCCAUCGGACCCCAGACAAACUCAUCGUCCUGGCCGUCUGUAGGCUCCCAGGCCAGCAUUCCCGCCGCCCCUUUCGCUCCCGGUAUGCUUCCACUCUACCCCGCUUACCCACCGAUGGCACUGCCCAUACCCGAUCCAUCACGUUUCCCCGCCACCCAGAUGGUACCCCCCAUGAUGGCCCUCGUUCUGCCCAACUACAUGUUCCCCCAGAUGGGGGGGCCCAUCCCGCAGAUCGGGGCGCCCAUCCCGCAUAUGGGGCCGCCCAUGCCACAGAUGGUGGCGCCCAUCCCUCAGACAGGCCCCACCCCCGGACACUUCUACAAUCCUAACUUCCCGUACCCCACCGUCACCCCAGCGGUCGUCCCCACCAUCCUUUCCAACACCGUACCCAUUCCGGCCACCUGCGCCCCGUCUCGCAGCUGCACCCCGCAGUCCUACAGCCAGAUGCCCGCCGACGGCGCAGAGUCCCCCCUCUUCCAGUCCCGAUGCUCCUCGCCUCUCAACCUGCUGCAGCUGGAGGAGUCACCGAGCGCCCGGUUGGACGUCGCCACGGCCCUGGCGGCGUCGCAGCAAGCCACGCCGUCCGUGCAGGGCGGUGCCGCUGGGGGACAGAGCUCAGCCAAUCAGAGGAGCUCUGAUGAUGCCUCCAAGGAGAAUGAGAACGCUAAUGAGUCCAACAAUGACGCCAUGUCCACCUCCAGCGACCUGCUGGAUAUGCUGCUGCAGGAAGACGCCCGCUCCGGCACCGGCUCAGCUGCUUCUGGGUCAGGGUCCUCCGGAACGAGGUCCUCUGGUUCAGGCUCCGGCUCCAACGGCUGCAGCUCUUCUGGCACCAGCGGCAUGAGCAGCAGCCAGGGCAGCCACACCAGCAAGUACUUUGGCAGCAUCGACUCAUCAGAGAACGAUCAUUCCCGCAAACAGCCAGCAGGGGGCAGCAGUAGCGGCGGAGGAGACAGUGGCGAGGAGCAGUUCAUAAAGUGUGUCCUGCAGGACCCCAUCUGGCUGCUGAUGGCCAACACCGACGACAAGGUCAUGAUGACCUAUCAGCUUCCCGUCAGAGACAUGGAGACCGUGCUGCGACAAGACCGCGAGGCCUUGAGGAGCAUGCAGAAACACCAGCCACGCUUCACCGAGGUCCAGAAGAGGGAGCUGAGCCAGGUGCACCCCUGGAUCCGCACAGGGCGCCUGCCCAGAGCCAUCAAUAUCUCUGGCUGCACAGGCUGCAAGUCUCCCCCCUCCGUUCCCGCAGCUCCGUUCGACGUGGAAAUCCACGAGAUGGAGCUGUGCAGCGUGCUGAAAGCUCAGGACGAGGGCGCCACAAAGGGCAAGAAAAUUCGGCUAGCGACGGCCAUGGAUGACGAAGAAGAAGAGGAGGAGAAAGGAGCCAAAACAGAAGUCACUAACCAAGACAUGACAGCAGAGGAGGAGCAGCAAGUGACCUCAGAAGAAAAGUCCCUCAUGACUCACUAAGCGAGGCGGCCAAAGAUAAAGAACACUAUCACGGCGUUCUCUACGCUGAUGUGCAGAAGAUGUGCACCUGUCAGGACUUCCUGUCUAUCAUUAAAACACCGUUACACAAGGUGUUGAAGUGGGAAUGUUCUGGGACUUCAAAAAAAGGUGCAUAUUGCUUGAGGCAACUUCCAUUCAUUGUGCAACAGCUCAGGCAGUUCAUUCAUAAUGGAGUCUGACUUUGAUGACGGCACAACAGGCAUGUUGCAAGACUGCAUAUCGAAUGCCUUGGAAACCACGGGGCACAACAGGCAUGUUGCAGGACGGCAUAUCGAAUGCCUUGGAAACCACAGGACACUCCCGUUUUAGAGGGAAUUAGCACCUCACUUUUCCCUGUUCUCGUAGGUCACGGCUUAUUUAUUCAAGUUGUAAGAUCACAGAAAGGAAUCGCAGAGGACUAAGGUGAAUGUGUUUCAAAAAGAAAAGGCGCGUUUUUUUACGCGAAAGAUGGAUGUGCUUCACCAACAGUGUCCUCCCGUCACGUUUUCGGGUUCAAGCUCACGAGGGAAAGAAGGGAGUUUUCUUCUUCUGGUUGAAUGUUUUCCCAAGUCGUCUGGGAUCCUGCUCAAAGACUGACUUUUGUUUUAUGUGAAAAGGAUCACCCCGAUUAAAGGAAAAAGCACCCUAUAGACGAUAUGUACAGUGAGAAAUCGGGUUAUUUUGUAAACAAUGUGUAUAUUUUUAUACUUUCAUCCACUGCAAAUAGAGAAGGGGAUAGAAAUGUGAAAAAAAAAUGUGAAAAUUCAGGAUUGAAAUGUAUGAAAGAAAAACAGACUUUGGAAUGAAGAUGGUGUUUUUCGUGACACAGCGACCUAGCUGCUUCACUGGAGGAAUGAACAGUUAACGGUGGAGCAGCGUGACAAUUGCCAGGAGACGACCACGGACUUAAAGGUUUCUCCUCAGCCGGGCAUUAGUUUGCGCACUGGUGAGACGAAUGAACAAUGCCUCUCAGAGAAAUGAUUCUCUCACGGACAGUAUUACCCAAACUGCCAGGACCCCGAGGAGCUGUAAAACCUUCGGAGGGAGAGCUCUCGUGUCGCCAGUGCUUGUUCACGGUGGUUAAGUGGAUUUGAAAGGAGGUGGAUGUAACUCUAAAAAGUCUGGAGAGAGAUUCUCUCUUUGUCCCUUUCUCUCUCUUCCUCUCUGUGGCACCGUUCUGGUCAUGUGAUAUCCUUUUACUUUAUGGCGUCCAGUGGUGUCUGCAACACUUUCUAAAUAUUUUUGUGAAAUUCUUUGUACAAAAAAAGACAAUAAAAUGACUUUAAAAUGA